ACUGGCAUGUCCAUACAAGUUGGGAUAGUAUGUCAGCCAUGCUUGAUGUCGCAUGUAAAAAUUGGUUAUGUUUCAUAUGCUAACGGAGACAUUGUGUCAGUGUCAGACGUGAACUUGAAGCUCUGGGAGGUCGCAGAAAACUGUCAUGAGCCACCGACAUCUUGGUCUUUCUCAUUCAUAGCAGGUGGACAAACUUUCCUUGUCAAAGCUUCCAGAGGCACUGUUCCCGUGUGGUAUCACCAUGACGACAGGGGAGGUAAGGUCAUGGAGGUGUUUACCGAAUUUGAGGUCAACUCAGUUCAAGGACGAGGCAUCAGUGAAUAUUUUUACAGAAAUUUAGAUGGGCCAUCCAUGACAUUUGCUGCCACAUGUCCUCUGGUCCGGGAACCUUCCCAAGAUGAAAUAAGUAACAAUCUUGGGGACUUGACUCUUCCCUUGACAAGUUUAGCAUGCAGAUCUUUAGCAUGCAGAUCUUCAGCCUUGGUGGGAGGAAAAGGUGGCCAGCUGGCCCAGCUGGCAAGUCUUCAAGUGGCUGCUCAAGUUUCGCCUGGAGUUUGUUUGACCCUCAGUUCCUGUCAGCUCCAGUUUCAGCAUUCUCCUGUUGUUAUACACCAGACUGUUGAUUGUAACGCCAUUGAGGCUGUUGCAAUAUUGUCAAU